UUGAGAAAAACUAGUGGGGAUUUGUGACGAGAUGAAAAUGGCGGCGGAUGGCUGACCGCCGACUUUAUCGGAUAUUAUACAUAUAAACCUGCGAUUUAAACCAGUGUUCUCUGUCGAUUUUUUACAGAACUUAAUGUCAUUUAAUAUAACCCGAUUUUAAGGAUUUUCUAGAAAACUCUUUGGUUGAUUGGAGUUUUCCAAAAGACAAAGCGGAAAGUUCCCUUGAAAAUAAUAGAUUGCUCGCUGUCUGCCGUUGCAUUUUAAACUUGGACGUUCUGUGUUCGUUUUAGUUUAGCUAACAGUUUGUUGUUCAGCAUAAUAAAAUGUGUGUGAACUACUUGCCGCAAAUAACCCAGGACUGGUAACCCCCCCUCAGCCCCCUAAAACUAGCCAGACAAGUGUGUCUAAAUGGUAUGUAUAGUAUUGAAUCAAUAGUAAGAUACACUAUAGCUAACGUUAGCUAUAACACGCUAACCGUCAUAUAAUGAACCACACUGCUAUCCCAAAUACAAUAUUGGCGCGAUAAAGACAAACUAAAGAUAGCUAAUCCCAUUCUCUCGGUAGGGUUUUGUUUUGGUGAUCGACAACAAUGUUUCCCUUUAGUGGGGGAUAGAUAGCCAAAGAUGCUAGCCUCAUUACUAUUUCACUAGCUAUGUCCUAGUGGUGAUUAUCUAGCUGUAAAUAACAUAACGUUACAAUGUGUAAACGCUCUUUAUUUAUACGGUGUUUUUAAUCAAAUCAAUGUAUUAACUUGGCUACGUUGACUGUUUUAGAUGUAGUUUGUCAGAUUUGAAGGCCUAUUUUAACCCGCAAGUGACAGUGGACAUAACUUAAACAUUACACUACUAGAAAUGAGCUAAUUUAGCUCUGUCAAGUAAAUAGAUAACGAGUUAAGCUACAUUUCCAAUCACGAUCUAGUUGUGCGAACUUCAACCGGUGUUCAGCAGCUUGACAGCGCAGUCAGUCAGGUACCCACGUGUAUCGGCGAACCGCCUACCAAAUAAGCAGUCCACUGUCUCAAGUGACAGUCAUAAAAAAAUGGAAGAUACUCGUCGACCACGAUUCAGCAAACGACUGCGGUCGGGCACGCGGCGGCGCUACCAUGACGAUGGUAUCUCGGACGACGAGAUCGAAGGGAAGAGGACCUUUGACCUGGAGGAGAAGUUGAGGAGCGAGAGGUUCACCUCAGACAGGGUCAAACGCAUGGAGGGGAAAGACCUCACGUUUGAGUACAUCCAAAGAGGUGGGUUGAGGGACCCGAUCAUCUUUGAGAAGCCAGACGGACUGGGCAUCAAGAUGCCAGAUCCAGACUUCAGUGUGAACGACGUGAAGAUAUUUGUCGGCAGCAGGCGUAUGAUCGACGUGAUGGAUGUAAGCACUCAGAAGGGUAUAGAGAUGUCUAUGGCCCAGUGGAGACGUUACUACGAGACGCCCCCCUCCCAAAGGGACAAACUCUACAACGUCAUCAGCCUGGAGUUUAGCCACACCAAGCUGGAGAACCUGGUCCAGAGGCCCGCAUCGGUGGACAUCAUAGACUGGGUGGACAACAUGUGGCCUCGGCACCUAAAGGAGAGACAGAGAGACUCCACCAAUUCCAUCACAGACAUGCAGUACCCCAAAGUGCAGAAGUACUGUCUAAUGAGUGUUCAGGGCUGCUAUACAGACUUCCACAUAGACUUCGGAGGUUCCUCAGUCUGGUACCACAUACUGCGGGGAGGCAAGGUGUUCUGGCUGAUCCCGCCCACGCCUCAGAACCUGGAGCUGUAUGAGGACUGGGUGUUGUCAGGGAAACAGGGAGACAUCUUCCUGGGAGACAAGGCCCAGGACUGUCAGAGGAUAGAGCUGAAGCAGGGCUACACCUUCAUGAUCCCCUCAGGUUGGAUCCAUGCGGUCUACACUCCAGUGGACACCCUGGUGUUUGGGGGAAACUUCCUCCACAGCUUCAACAUCCCCAUGCAACUCAACAUCUACAGCAUCGAGGACAGGACACGGGUACCAGCUAAGUUCCGCUACCCGUUCUACUAUGAGAUGUGUUGGUACGUGUUGGAGAGAUACCUCUUCAGUCUGACCAACACCUCCUACCUCACACCUGAGUUCCAGAAACACUCCCUGGGCAUCGGUCUGAUGAGAGACCCCUCCACCUGCGAGUCAGUCAACGGCCACACCCAGGAGGAGGCAGAGGAGGAUGAAGAGGAGGCUCCCCCAACCCGGGGCUCUAUGCCUGGGGUGAAGGUUCACCUGACGCCCUUCGAGUUGGAGGGGCUGUGGAACCUGCUGGGGAAGCUGGAGUCUCUGCCCUCACAGAAGAACUGUGUCCCGGCAGGCAUACACAAUGCUCCCGCACUGCUGCACGACAUCAGGGCCCUGCUGAAGGAGCAUGCUAAUGACAUCCCCAAACUGUCCUACACUGGAAAGCCCAUCGUCAAGUGGCCCAAGAGGCCGUCGUGGUACCAGCCCCCUCCCCCUCCUCCCCCGGUGGCUCGUCCCAAGCUGUCCGCCACGGUGGUGACCCCGCGACCCCAGAAGCCCGCCUCCUCCAUGUCCGUGCUGCGGCGGCGGCGUGUCCGGUGUAAGCGCUGCGAGGCGUGCGUCAGGACGGAGUGCGGGGACUGUAACUUCUGCAGGGACAUGAAGAAGUUCGGAGGGCCGGGGAAACUCAAACAGACCUGCGUGCUCCGACAGUGUCUGGCGCCGGGUCUGCCCCUGUCAGUGGUGUGUGAGAUCUGUGGAGAGGGGAACCAGGAGGGAGGAGAGGGGCCUGUCUUCGCCCUCACCCUCAUGGAGUGUUCCAACUGUGCCCAGAUAGCCCACCCCGCCUGCCUCAAGGUAACAGGGGAUGGUGUGGUGAAUACAGAUCUGCCCAGCUGCUGGGAGUGUCCCAAAUGUGUUCUGGGAAUCACCGACACAGAGGUGAAAGGGGACAAGAAUAAAAUGUUACACGCGAAACGCAAGUCUUCUUCGUUUCUCGACGGCCGCAUCGCCAAGAUCUACCGUCGCCGCGGUCACAGCCGAGACGACGACGACUCGGGCAGCGACGACGAUGAUGAUGAUGAUGAUGACGAUGAUGAUGAUGGCUCCAGGGGCGGAGGAGGAGGCGCGGGACGGAAGAUGUCCGGGCCACACCCCCGCGGCAGUGGCUCCGCCUCUCGGAGAGGCUACGGGACUGGGAGGCGGGGCAUUUGGAGAGGCUCCUCCCACAGAGGGGCGGGCCGCGGGAGCGGGCUGGCCCCUCACUCCUCCCUUAAGAUGAGGCGCGGCAGAGGAGGGCUGGGGGUGGGGCGAGGUGACAGAGAGGGGGGGCGCAGGGAGAGGGGCGGGAGAGUGCGCCUCCGGGGCGGCACCAGGAUGCAGAGACGCAGGGACGAGUCAGAGGAGGACGAUGAUGAUGACGAUGAUGAUGAUGACGAUGAUGAAGAUGACGACAGCGAGGAAGAUCAGCAGCAUCAUCGCCACCGGCAACGCCGUAGGCGGAGGAGAACGGAGGACGAGGAAGACGAUGAUGAAGAAGAGGAAGACAGCUCGGCCCGGGACCUGGAGGGGGAGGAUGAGGAGAUGGACGACGUGGACGAUGAAGACGAGGAUGAGGAAGAAGACUCCGAACCAGAGCCUCCCGUCCUCUUGGUGUCUGACCUUAACGACGACCUCCUAAACGGCUCGUACCUGACAGUGACCCUACAGCGCCCCCCCAGGGCGAAACGCCACCCGGGCUCCAUCGUGCCCAAGCUGGAGGCCGCCAUGUCUCCCAGAACCCACGGCGGCGGUCCAGGUUACAUCCAGCGUAAAAACCUUGGGAAGACGCGGCACAAAAAUGGCACGGGCGCCGCCGGCAACGGCCUGGCCCAGCCCGCCAAGAAUCCAGUCGGCCGGCCGCCUCGUCACCGUAUCAACAAUCCCCACGGCGACACAGCAGACAGGGAGAGAGAGAGGGACACUGCCUCUCUGUCCUCCUCUGACUCCUCCGCCUCCCCCACCCCUCCUCCCCACUCCUCCCACUCUCCUUCCUCGCUCCUGUCGCUGCCCUCCUUCAAGGAUGUAGGAAACGAGAAGGGAGGGGAGAAGGAGGUGUGGGUGGCGGUGUUCCGUUACCUGCGCAGAGCCGAGCUGGCUAGCUGUAUGACUGUCUGUAAGGCCUGGUACAAAUGGAGUUGUGACAAGCGUCUGUGGAGUGGUGUGGAUGUGUCGCGGUGUCCCUCCCUCUCCUCCCAGGCCCUGCAGGGCAUCAUCAAACGCCAGCCCACCUCCCUGGACCUCUCCUGGACCCCCGUGUCCAAGAAACAGAUCACCCUGCUCAUACACCGCCUGCCAGGUCUGAAGGAGUUGAUGAUAGCAGGUUGCUCCUGGUCGUCCAUGUCAGCCCUGUCCACCCCCAGCCUGCCGUGCCUCCGUACCCUGGACCUGCGCUGGGCAGAGGGGGUCAAAGACACCCAGAUCAGGGACCUGGUCACACCACCAGGUUGUGACAGUCGGUCUCGGCUGCGUGGCUGUGUGGUGCUGCGUCUAGCCGGCCUGGACAUCAGUGACUCCACCCUGAGGCUGAUCCUCAGACACAUGCCCCUGCUAGAGAGGCUGGACCUGGCCCACUGCAGAGACCUCACUGACCAGUCCGUCUGCCUGCUCACCGCCGCCGGCACACACACACGCAACACACUCACCGAGAUCAACCUCGCAGGCUGUAACAAGCUGACGGAUGGCUGUCUGGCGUACCUGAAGAGGGCGUCUGGCCUGGCGCUGCUAGACCUGCGGGGCUGUAAAGGUGUGUCGCGGCGGGGCUGCGAGGGCUUCAUCUCAGACCUCUCUCACUGCGUCCUGUUCUGUAUGACAGAGGAGAAACUCAUCCAGAGGAUAUCGUAAAAAACCAAUAUCGUACCCCCAACACCGUACCCCUACGCAAGGGGCACGUAGAGACCCCCACACCAGCCAGCAAGGCAGGGGGGCGAGAGGGGGAGCACGGGAGCAGCAAACACCCCUCCCUCGAAACGGAGAACAAGCGCUCCAGAAAAAGGAGGAUGGGCAAAAAAGGUGAAAAGAGGACGUUCACACUCCUCACUUAGGAAGGAAGACAUGGAGAGGGAGAGAGGGGGGGGUGGAGGAAGGAGAGGGUAGAAUGUGCUGUUGCAGCAUCAUGUGUUUAUUAGGAGGGUUAGGAGUGAUAUGAACAGCACAGAGACACUUGUUAGUGUUGUUCACCAGGGGUUCACGCUACAGGGCUGAGAAUGGGAACCCUAUGGGUUGAAUGUGGGUGUUUGUAUGGUCUCACAAAGCUGUGGAGAUGAACUAGAGUGAAUCGGGGUUUAGAUUUGGGAGGGGGUUGAGAGGGAAGGGGACUGGAGAAGACUCAGACUUGACUGGAGUGUCCCACUAGGUCUGGACUCUAUACCUAGCUUUCCAACACAUCCUUGGACUCCUUGGAAAACCGAGCCGUUGGGACUCUGAAGCACAGAAGAGGGGAUGGUGGUGAUAUGCAUUUAGGAGGACAAACGAGUGCCAACCCUUUUCUAGAAAAUCCCCCCCGUUUCAGCUCUCAUCCUCAAAUGCAUCGUCUCCCCCCUCCUCCAUCCCUCUCCUUCUUUUUCCUCCAUCCUCACCUCUCCGUUCAAUACGCUCACAGCCAUGAAAACCGUACUGUAUCUCUCAUUAGUCGCAUCCCAAAUGAUACCCUAUUCCCCAUAUAGUACACUACUUUUGACCAGGUCCCUGGUCAAAAGUAGUACACUAUAUAGGGAAUAGGGUGCCAUUUGGGACGAAUACAUAGUUUCUUCAGUUUUACUUGACUCCCCUUUCUCACUACCAGCCACUACAGGUCUUAAAACGUUGUCGUUUCUUUGAAUUCCCUCAUUUGACAGAAUAUUUUCCUCCUCCUGUCAUUUGUCUUUCCUUUGUCAGUCUUUUUACAGGUGUAAAGUUUUGUUCAUCCCACUGUCUCUGUCCCCCAUAAUGUUGUUGUUAAUAAUGUUGAACCGGAGGGCUCUUGGGAUGCAUCCCAAAUGUCACCCUUUUCCCAAUAUAGUGCACUACUUUUGAAAAGUAGUGCACUAUAUAGGGAAUAGGAUACCAUUUGGGACAUAGACCUUCUCUUGGUGAAUUGUUUUGGUUGCCCUACUGCAGUCUCAAUGGGACUGUAACAUGCCUGUAGCAUUGCAAUCAAUUAUAUAUUAUUUUCUUAAAUGUUUUGCAGAAAUUGUUUUUUGUUCAUUUGUGGUUUUUACAAGAAAAUAAUAUCAAAUUAAAACAAGAAAAAC